UUAAUUAUUGUUAUUUAUAUGAUUUUAUGUUGGUUCAUUCAUACUGUAAUAUAUGAAGGGGGUGCAAAUUUGGGUUCACCAGGUUGAAGUUUGUAUCUUGUUUAAUUGUAUUUUUUAUUUGAUUUGUCUUUACUUAAUUGUGCUUGGAAUCUUUUUUAGCCGUCAUCCUGAGGUUAAAUGGGCACAGAGGAACGACAAGGUUUUCAUUACCGUGCAAUUGCCGGAUUCAAAGAAUGCAAAGGUCAAUCUUGAGCCAGAUGGGGCGUUUACUUUCUCUGCUAAUGCUGGAGCGGACAAUAAGUUAUAUGAGCUGAAGUUGGAUCUUUAUGAUAAGGUCAAGGUGGAGGAAAGCAAAAUAAAUUAUGGAGUCAGGGGCAUCUUCUGCAUUUUGGAGAAGGCAGAGAUAGGAUGGUGGAAAAAAUUACUGCGUGGGGAUGGCAAAGCACCACAUUAUUUGAAAGUUGAUUGGGAUAAAUGGGUGGAUGAAGAUGAAGAUAAUGGUCUUGGUGACUUGGAUUUGGGAGGAAUGGACUUCUCGAACUUUGGUGGUAUGGGUAUGGAUGAUGGUGGAAUGGCUGACUUUGAGGAUAGUGAUGAAGAAGAUCAAGAAGUGGCAAAGCCAACUGGCGGCGACACUACCAUGGUUGAAGGAGAUGCUAUUAAGGCUGAAGCUGGGACUUCCGAGAAAAAGGAAGCUGCACCUAGCACAUGAAAUUGGGUAACAAGAGAAGCUGAAUUUCAAUAUCAACUAAAUUUAUGCCUGAGAAAUUUUUUGAUCUCCGUGAUGGGGAUCAAAUUGAGCUGUGUUUCCUAUGUGGGUGAGAUUAAACUAGGUGUAUUUCAGAGAGACUCAGAGAAGACCAUUGUUUGUUCCAUCUAAUGGACACAGAAUUCUCUUGGACUUAAUUUAAAAUGUUGUACUUUAGCUAUUUGUCUUGGAAAGGGUAUAUGCAUUUCAUGAUUGAAUGAUAUUUUACUUGACAGGAGGAAUUAGGAGUGUCUCCUACUACCUCUAGAAAUGGUUUU